AUGUACGAUACGAUGCGCUCGGAGGCACGCGGCGGACUGAGCCGCAAGGAAGCCGCCGACCGUAUGGCGUACGACGAAGGACCCCGCACUCCCUGCCGCAGACCUCGUGCGCGCGCCUCUCCACGCAUAAUACCAUCAAACAGAAAACAUUUUCUCAUUGAAUUUUGUGCCAAUAAUCCAAUAUAUUGUAUCCAACAUGUGUCCAAUGUGCAAGUGUCUCUAGCAGAGCAACCGCCUGUCACAUCUCAUCUGCGGGCCAUUUCCUGUUCAGACGGGGAUCAGACGUGGUCUUUAAAUAUACCAUACAUGCACAGCGAAGACGAAGAACAUUUUGUGUACGCCCUGUUGUACGUUAGACAUAGUGUCCGAGGAGAAAAAUAUGGGGCGGGGGCCCAGAAUAGGAUGGGGUCAACGAUCUCCGAGGCGCCGUCUGCACCGCCUUCACAAAUCUUACAUUAUUUAGCAAGAUCCAUGAUAACUGCCAUACAGUCACACCGCUCUUACAGCCAUUACUGUUUGAGAGGGAUACUCAACACAUAUAAUGUAAUGGAUCCAGUUAUUGACAAUGAAUGGCUGGGAUGUAAGAAUGAUCCGAUCGAUGAACCACCAACAUUUGGCAACAUAGCAAGGAGCUGGCAGUGGAGGGAGAGAGGAGUCAAUGCUCCAAACUCACCAUCAAAUAAGACAGUACUUGAAAAUGUGGCCGAGGAUGUACUUGUACAAAAACCUCUUAAGAUACGAUGUUGUGACCUACCAGGAUAUCCGAGAUCCACAUUUCUUAUGGUAUUUAGCCCGGAUGGUACCAAAGUUGCAUCAACACAUGGGAACCACAAUGUCUAUGUAUCAGAACUAGCUAGUGGGAAACAUGUGAGGAUUUUGAAAGGUCACCCUCGGACACCGUGGUGUAUUGCUUUCCAUCCAUCCCAUCCUCAACUAAUAGGAUCCGGUUGUCUUGCGGGACAAGUUAGAGUGUGGGAUAUAUCAAGUGGUGGCAGUGAAGUAUGGAAUGUGAGGAACGAAACUGUCAUAGCUUCGAUAGCUUUUCAUCCAAGGGUACAAUUGUUGGUGAUUGCUACAUACAAUGAGCUAUACUUCUGGGAUUGGAGCCAGCCAGCACCAAUGACUAAAGUCUCCACCAAUAACAUCAAUGAAAAAGUCAGAUACGUAGCAUUCGACUCACUUGGCUACAAGUUAAUAACGGGCAUAUCGUUGAGUGCUAUAAGGGGUGGUAUAGACGCGACUGUCCUUCAGCACGCUCCUUCAAAUCCCCAAAAUAACAGCAACCGGAGUCUUCAUCCAGAUGACAACGACGGUAGUAAUAGACCAGAUACAGCGGGAGCGACCCAGGACGUUAUAGUGAACUCAUAUCAGUACCUGGUACAGAGAUACGACAGCCUUGUAAGGAAUUAUCAGAGGCUGUUCAUGGUUAGAAAUCGUCUGGCCGUCACACCUCCGCCUAAUACGACUGAUAGAGGAACUGAUCCAAUGGAAACAGACCCGGCUCCGGAAGCAAACAGUUAUACACGCGUGGCUCGCUCCUAUACAGCCACAACACAGAUAGAUGACGAAAACCAAAACUCGAGUACAAGUAAUAGUAAUACCGCAGAAGACAACGCUGACACUGCUGAAGAAGGGAGUAGUGCUCUUCUGAAUCUAGACGCACUUUCCUUUGAUAGGGCACCUCCUGGGGAGAGAAACAUGUCAAGACUGGAACUUGCAAUAUUCGGUGCACGGCCGUCAGCUUUUCAUCCUCUCACCAACGAAAAUCCCGGAAGAUCUUUCAGAACGGUUGAUCAAAAUGAAAGAGCCUCUAGACUUUUGCCAAAUCCUUUUUCAAACACAAACGGUACACCGCGGCCCAGCCGGGUUUCUUUCGCCAGCAGUCCAUUGACCCAACAAUCAAAUAACGACAACGCACCAAAUGCUUCCCGUACUAGUAUUUUUACGUCUUACAGACCAAAUUCUCCAUCUGUGUUGGAUUUAUCGUCGCGCAGGUGGAGUGGUAAUCGUAGAGUAUUUAUCCCAAGGCCCAAUGACUCACAAGCGUCGAAUAGCAAUUCCUCUACAAGAUCGCGUCAGGAAGAUGCUACUUCAAAUACCACAAAUAGAAACACAGCAACGAAUACUAAUGCAUCUUCACAUUCAAAUUCUAUUCCAAAUACAUCUUUAGAUAAUAAUUCAUCAUCCAAUGGCAAUACGCCUACAAAUACAACCCCUCCUUCAAAUAAUGCAACGAGAAGAACGUCAUCACCACCUCAAGGCUCGCCAGUUGACGCGCAGACCAUUAACGAAAGUCUAGAUUUAAUACGAGACAUUCUCAGAGAUUCCGGAACGAGAUUGUUAAACCUUAUCACAAACAUGUCUGCGUCAAGUCUACCUCACGUAGGUCCGGAAGUUCCGAAUAGACGAAUCAAUAUAAGAGCCCAUUCAGACGAUAGCGGUGAAAAUGAAAGACCGAGGGGAGCACGACCACGAGUUCGGUUAUUCAGCUCCAACUUGCAGCCAGAAAUAUUAUCGUCCAGUUCAGAAUCCGAUAGUGACCAGUCUUCAGAAGUAAACAUUCUUAGGACUCCUAACACGACGUUCAGAGAAGAAGAUUCGAGAGAAGAAUCGUCUCGAACUACCGAAAUGCCAGGACCGUCUAACAGAUCAGCGCCUCCCUCUGAUAGAGCAGACUCGGAAAACGAUGACAAUACACCCAACACCGGCCGUGAUACUGAAGGUGUUAGUGUAGCAGCAAGUGGAAAUAGUAGUCGAAAUCGACCGAGGACUCAAAAUAAUGAUGCAGGCGAAGGUCCCAGCACAUCAAGACACGGGUCUGAUGAACCAGAGAACUUAGCUCAGAACAAUUCAAACUAUUUCGAUCCUAAUAGACCUUCCACAAGUGGAAAUAAUAUAUGGACGAAUGGGGCCACAGUGCCACCGGAAGAGGCAUUCAGAAAAGUUCGGGGCGGUGUGAACGCGUUACAGAAACACACUACGCAACUCACUAAUAUGUGGGUACGUGGGAACCGCACGACUAUGCGUGAAUUACGUACCAUGUGGGAGAAUUUGCGGAGACGAAUCAUAAUGUUACAUAGGGAAACCGGUCGACAAGACUUACCUAACUAUUACACGAGAUCUCUUUUAGAAAGAUGUAUGAUGUUGACUGAAAUGACAGGAGAAGCGAAUCGUAAUGCCACAAGAAAUUAUAGAUCACAAUCUAAUAUGCCUUAUGAGCCUAGGCCGAGUACGUCCAGAGCUGUUCCGGAUGACAAUAGACCUUCACUAUCAGGAAGAUCUCCAUCAAAGAAAACACCCCAACGAUCCUUAUCUUCAUUACUAUCGAAAAGACUUCAAGCUGCCUAUUGUAGAUGGCGGCCAGAAGACCGAAGACGCAACCCGAUCUCGAGUCGUAUGUCUCAAAGAUAUCUACACAGACCACGUAGGGAAUAUACAAGGUUAAUAGAAAUAAGUGCGACAAGGCAUGAAAUUCGCAUGCGAGCUAUGCAAGUGUUGUCCGUUAUGUUCAAUAUGAUGAUGUUGUGUUUAGAGGAGCGAGGACUGAGUUCGCUGAUCAUAAAUAUGUUACGUACUCUAAAAAAGGCACUAGCAUUGACAUGUUUGAUGCUUAUGACAAAUAGGUACAACCCACGCUCCAAUAAUAACGAUUCUCCACAGAGAGUUGAUUCAAUGAAUGUUAUACGUUUGCAAAACGUUGAUCAUACCGGUCCUGUUAAUGUAGACGGACCAGAUGAAUCCCCGCAUCAUUCAAUAUCCAGCGAAACGGAAGAGGAUCGUCAAAAUAAUCCAACCAAACGUUUAAAACGUGAUAGAUCGUCUUCGACUACGCAAUCUGUAGCUACAGAAAAUCCUGCAACAGAUGACGCAACACCACCGCCCGCACCCGCUAACCAAGAACCAACACAAAGAUGGAGUAAUCGGUUAGCGGUACAGAUUGCUGCUGCUAAUCGAAAUACUUCAAUGACCGCUAGAACGAGACGAGACUUGUACGUAGAAAGCAAGAGACAAAAAGCAUUACAUAGAACAAAUCCGUUAGCCCAUCCGCUAAUUAAGAAGAAGGUUCUACCACCAGUAUCCACAUAUAGAAUUCCUUCAUUGCGUUUGACACCUCGAAGGUUAAGUGUCAGGAAUAACGCGUCAAGAGCUAAUCCAUCAAAUGGAGAACCAAUAGCUGGGCCGUCUGGAAUUCUUUCCGGUACUGGAACCGUUCGCGGCGGACCGUCAAGGCUGCCUCCGGAAAUGAGUAAUGAGUUUGAACACAGAAUCAAUUUGAUAAGAAUGGCCCACAUGCAAGCUGUUAGACUACGUAAUGCUGCUAGAAGUAGAUUUCGACGUUUGCAAACCAUUCGUCUGUAUACCCCGUCUUCGGUACGAGAGAUGUUCACGCUGCAGCCUGAGGGUGACAAUUCCCACGAAAGCCGACCCUUGCAGAAUAAUUCUGAACCCUCCAACCGGCGGUCGUUCACGUCAUAUGACUACAGGCCCCAUAUACUGACCCGGGAGAGAAUCUUCUCUAGAGGAGCUGCGAACAGACCUUCAGAGGAUUCGGGACAAUUUCACGCGGUCAUCAGCAACACGGGUGUACCGCUGAUGCAGGUCAGCGACCUCAGCAUCAGCAACCAAGACGGUCAGGGCAACCAGAACCAACGGCUGCCGAGAAUCCAUGAAUACUUGCAACCGAUUAUUUUGGCCCAAAAUGCUAUGGUGGUUGAUGAGGAGAGGGGUGAGGAUGGGCCCGGAGGUCCGGGAGGGGGAGGAGGGGGAGGAAACGGGGGAGGAGGAGGUCUGGGAGCCGCCAGGCGAAUGGGGGGAAUGGCGGGUUUACUGGACGCGGGGAUCAUAUCGGAAGCAUUACCCGCGUCCUCACAUCGCGUACAAGCGUGGGACUUCACGACCGGCGAUACACCAGAUAUCUCCAAUACUACGAAAAACGUGGUGGUUCAACGCUGCCGUAUUCACAAUGACGCGAGCAUCGAUAUAUCCAAAGACGGCAGGCUUUUGGUCGCUCUCCUACCAGUACCGCGGCUCAGGAACGCUAACCAUUGGCUUGGUGUAUAUUCCUUGGAGUGGUCCCGUCUGGGUCAGUGCCUGCAUACAGCGGUGUUGGAACAGAACGCUGUUUCAGUGGCACUAUCACCAACAGCAAGACAUUUGGCCGUAGGUCUUGGUUCCAGAAGAUUCACAUCGGCUGCACACAGUAGGAACAAUGUGUUCGCACUGCUUUACAGAUUGGACCCACUUGAGAAUUCAAGCCGCACCGGUUUAUCACCUAUCAAAGAAUUGGAACAGACUUGGGAGCAUGGCUUCACGAGCCUAAAUUGUCUCCGCUGGGCCCCACAACCUGGCCAAGGACUGGUAUACGCCAAUAAUACAGGACAAUUGAUAAUUAUGAGCUAA